AUGUCCGUCGCUUCAUUAUCGGUACGUUUCCGUAAAUGGGAAGACGUACUCGUGGAAGGGUGGCUGCACAAAAGAGGAGAGCAUAUCAAGAAUUGGCGGCCACGUUACUUCGUGCUCUUCCGCGAUGGUGCCCUGGUGGGCUUUAAAUCAAAGCCCGAGCACGGCCAGCCCUUUCCGGAGCCCCUCAAUGAUUUUAUGAUCAAGGAUGCGCAGGUAUGUACCCUGGAGAAACCGCGAGCCAACAUGUUCAUGAUUCGAUGCCUGCAAUGGACCACGAUUAUUGAGAGGACGUUUUAUGCUGAUUCAGCAGAGACCCGGCAACGCUGGGUGGAGGCAAUCGAAAAGAUCGCCAGCACGUACAAGGCAAUGAUGGACGAGGGACAGUCGAUGGAUGAAGCCAUGGAUAUCGUGUCGCAGGUUUCCGGUGACGAUGUGUCGGCUUCUGGCUUUUCGAUGGCUUCAGAAGUGGCCCCAGGCCAAGGACCAUUCCCUCAACCCUCGAUGGCCACCGAAACCCUGGCUGAUGCUUCUGAUGCCGCACGUCGUGACCGAAUUACGAUGGACGACUUUGAAUUCCUGAAACGAGAAGAGAACCAGCCGCCUUACGCUAUCAAGAUUCUGAAGAAGGAGGUCAUCAUCGCACGGGAAGAAGUUGCGCAUACCUUGGCGGAAAAUCGUGUUCUUCAGCGGUGUCGGCAUCCAUUCCUUACGGAACUGCGCUACUCUUUCCAAACGCCGUUCCACCUCUGCUUUGUGCUCGAAUUUGCGAACGGCGGCGAGCUGUUCACCCAUUUACAGAAAUGCCGUGUAUUCCCGGAGGCUCGUGCUCGAUUCUACGGGGCUGAGAUCGUGCUGGCCCUGGGAUACCUUCAUCAUUUGGCGAUUGUCUACCGUGAUAUGAAGCUCGAGAACCUGCUGCUCGACAAGGACGGACACAUCAAGAUUGCUGAUUUCGGUCUGUGCAAGGAGGACAUUUCAUUUGGGGACAAGACGAGCACAUUCUGUGGAACACCCGAAUAUUUGGCACCGGAGGUGCUGGAAGACAACGACUACGGCCGUCAGGUGGAUUGGUGGGGAGUGGGAGUGGUGAUGUACGAGAUGAUGUGCGGGAGAUUGCCCUUCUACGCCCAGGAGCACGAGCAAAUGUUCGAGCUCAUCAUCCGGGGCGAGCUGAGAUUCCCGUCCCGAUUGAGCCAAGAAGCCAAAUCCCUGCUCACCGGGUUGCUCGUCAAGGAUCCGCUGCAAAGACUUGGCGGCGGCCCAGACGAUGCUAUUGAAAUCACACACCACCCGUUCUUCGGAUCGAUCGAUUGGCAGCGGUUGUACAAUAAGGAGAUUGAGCCGCCAUUUAAGCCGCUCGUCACCUCCGACACCGACACCUCUUAUUUUGAUACCACGUUUACCUCUGAGCCAGUCCAACUGACGCCUCCACCAGUACGCGCCGGUCCCCUCGAUACGGUUGCCGAAGAGGAGGAGAUGAUCCAACAAAACUUUACCCAUUUCUCCUACAAACACGAGGCCAGCCCCCGACAACAUCAGCAGGCCGUCGAAAUGAUGGAA